UACUCAAGCUAGGGUCCACGUUGCUGAGCCUGAAGGCAAGCAGGAUUAGGACCGGAUAGCUUGAGCACCCGGCAUGAACCGCAAAAAGCUGCAGAAGCUGACGGACACCUUAACUAAAAAUUGCAAGCACUUUAAUAAGUUUGAAGUAGGCUGCCUGAUAAAGCUUUUUUAUAACUUGGUGGGAGAUGUGGUAGAGCGACCAGGUGUAGUCAUUGGAUUAGAUCGUAACUCCUUUCGCAACAUCCUGCAUGUGACGUUUGCAAUGACGGAUGACAUGAUUAUGGACAGAGUAUUUCGAGGUUUUGACAAGGACAAUGAUGGCUGCGUAAAUGUAUCAGAGUGGAUUAAUGGAUUAUCACUGUUUCUUCGAGGAUCUUUGGAAGAAAAAAUGAGAUAUUGCUUUGAAGUGUUUGAUUUGAAUGGAGACGGCUUCAUUUCAAAGGAGGAGAUGUUUCACCUGCUGAAGAAUAGCCUUCUCAAACAGCCUUCCGAGGAAGAUCCCGAUGAAGGAAUUAAAGACUUGGUGGAAACAACACUUAAGAAAAUGGACCAUGAUCAUGACGGGAAGCUGUCUUUUGCUGACUAUGAACAGGCUGUACGAGAAGAAACCCUUCUUCUGGAAGCUUUUGGACCAUGUUUACCUGAUCCAAAGAGCCAGAUGGAAUUUGAAGCACAAGUGUUCAAAGAUCCAAAUGAAUUCAGUGAUAUGUGAAUGGCUAAAUGUCUGUGCUGUCUCAACCCGAGUGCCCAGUGCAUCCAUGACCCUGCUAUGUGAGGGUUCCUCCUCUGGCACACCCCAUCACCAAGGGGUUCUAUUUGGUCCAGCUGGCUGUGACUUCUGAAGACAGAGCUACAUCCCCCACACCUGACCCUCUGGCAGGUACAUCAUGUGAAACAUGAGAGAUGAGGACUGAUUAAGAUUAUGUAAGCUCGUUUCCUCCAAGUCAGUAGACAGCAGCCAAUAGGUGUACUACGCAUGAACACAACAUGUGCAGGCCACUUGGCAUGGGAGGUCCUUCCCAUUACUACUUACAUGUGAUUAAGCUUAAGCCCAAAACUGUAUUAUGUAAGACUACCAUCCCAAAUAAAUGAAAUAAAUGAAAUAAACAUCUUCAUGAAAUUUCUAA